CCGGACUUAAUGACUUCAAAUCAGCACAGCUGUGUAAGGACUACUUUCCGGCAUUGAAAGUCUUCGUGACCCAGAUACAGAUUAACAGAGGCUGCAAGAGAAGGCGUCCCCACCAUGGCCAAAGACGCGUUGGCAGAGGCAGGCUGUUAUUUCGAUGAACUCAACAAGCUACGUGCGCUGGAGCCAGACGUCAGUCAAAAGACGUCGGAGCUCAAAGAAGACUGCAAAGAUUUCGUGGACAAAAUCGUGCAGUUUCUGAAGAUAGUCAGCGGUCUAAUGGAGUUGGUGGACAAGCUGGCAAACGAGACGGAGAGAGAAAAACUGAAGGCCCUCGGGACGAGGAACCUGCUGAAGUUUGUGGCGAAGCAAAGGGAAGCCCAACAGCAGCAGUUGCAGGUUCUUAUUGUCGAGAAAAUGAUGCAACUGGAGCGAUAUCGCGUUGAGUACGAAACCUUGUCCAAAGUGGAAUCGGAACAAAACGAGUUCAUCAAUCAGUACAUUCUGCAGAAGUGACGAUGAGACCACGAGGACGUGCCAACUGAAGACCCAGAUAGGAAAAAGCCAACUCAAGUUCUUCGGAGGUGAUCUUGACUGAUCUCACCAUCCUUCGCAUCACCUCCUGAGAUUUUUUUGGGCCUUAACUAGGACUCUUCCAUGUUCCUCACUAGGUUCCUCAAGAGUGGAACUGCUGAAAUCUCUGACCUAGUUUAUUGUAUCCUGCCCCUAAACCAUGAUGUUGAAUCAUCUCCAGACAAAGUUCAUGUAGGUCAAGGGUCUGUGAUCUUACCAAACAAAUUUUGUCUUCAAAUAAUUAGUGCCCCGAGUUCAAUCCCAUCCUCGGCCAAAUUGCAGUCCAUGAACAAUCAGCAACAUGAUUGGCAGACGUGUUAGCACCCAAUCGUAUUAGCAUUGAUUGCAGUCCGUCCAAAUAAAAUCGAAAUCCAAAAUUUAGAGGUAUUGUAUUACUUUGCGUACAUGUCGUACGUGUACUGUCGUCGCUUGCAAUAUUGUGGUUCGAUUGUAGCUACCUUGCUAUAUUGUGUUUUUUUUUUAAUUACCACUGUUUCAUGGUAGACUAUGGUAUAUUAUUACUCAGUGAUAUGUAGUAUUAUGGUCACAAUAAUGACACAAUAAUUGAAAUAUUACCAGUACAUUACAUUACCUGAUCACUGCAUGAAGAGUGAAUGAAGUUAUCCUCCCGUAUCGUGUGGAAGUGGUAAGAUUUGGGUUUAUACAUUUUGAAGAAACUGGUUAGCACACAGGCUGCACGGCAGGCGAGUGGUUAGGCCACACAGCUAUGAGACCUGAGUUCCAUUCCACCUUCGGCAAUCUCUCUGUGUGGAGUUUGCAUGUUCUCCCCGUGCAUGCGUGGGUUUUCUCCGGGUCCUCUGGUUUCCUUCAAAAACAUGCUAGGCUAAUUGCUGACUCCAAAUUGUCCACAGGUAUGAAUGUGAGUGUGAAUGGUUGUUUGUCUCUAUGUGCCCUGUGAUUACCUG